AAUGUCAGACAGAUGUUGAUUGCGGGAUUUGUGGGUUUUAAUUUUUUGUUUAUUUGAAACGAUAAAUACCUAUUGAUUGUAAUUGCUUUGUAUUAACUAUUAUUUGCAAAUUCUUGUGUUUGUGAACUUUCUUGUGGCGGACUAUUAUAUUAUUGAAACAUAUGGUGUCUUGAGUCAUCACAAUUAUUUUAUCGAUUUUCUCACGUUUCCACUAUGGAUAUCAUCAAAACUCCAAAGCUGGAAAAUGUGCAGAUGUUGGAUAAGUACAACCUUCGGAACCCGUCGAAGGGCACUCUCUACUUCGCCACCACACACCUCAUCUUCGUCGACCAUGAGAUGAGAAAGGAGACAUGGAUUCUCCUAAUGCACAUAUCGUCAGUGGAGCGACUGCCGAUCACUACGACAGGGUCGCCACUCUUGGUGCGGACCAAGACCUUCCAGUCGGUGUUCUUCGUCAUCCCCCGCGAGCGAGACUGUCAUGAGAUGCACCAGACAUUACUGCGGCUCAGCCAACCUGUCCAUAUCGACGAACUGUACUGCUUCCACUACAAGUCUUCGCCGGACGACCUCCCCAAGUCGGCUGGGUGGAACUUCUUCGACAUACAGACUGAGUUCCAGAGGAUGAACGUACCUAACGACCAGUGGGUGCUUUGUACCGCCAAUAAGGAUUAUGAGCUAUGCGACACGUACCCGAGCGAGAUCUACGUGCCUGCGCGUGCGUCGACGGCCAUCUUGCUCGGCAGCGCGAGCUUCCGGUCGCGCGGGCGACUUCCGGCGCUGGCUUACCUGCACCACAACAAGGCUGCGAUAGCACGGUGUAGUCAGCCUCUAAGUGGAUUCUCUGCUAGGUGCAUGGAAGACGAACAGAUGUUGGACCUCAUUCGGCGAGCCAAUCCGAACUGCGGCUACAUGUAUGUCGUGGAUACUCGGCCCAGGAUAAAUGCAAUGGUUAACCGCGCCGCUGGGAAGGGUUAUGAGAAUGAAGCGUUCUAUGAGAACAUCAAAUUCCAGUUCAUGGGCAUCGGGAACAUACAUGUCAUGAGGAAGAGCCUACAGAAGCUUGUUGAAACAUGUGAACAAAAUUCACCAACAAUGUCUUCGUUCCUCAAUGGACUUGAGUCUUCCGGAUGGCUGAAACAUAUCAAAUCCAUCCUAGACACGUCAGUGUGGAUCGCGGGCGCCAUAGAGAGCGGCGUCAGCGUGUGCGUGCACUGCAGCGACGGCUGGGACCGCACGGCGCAGGUGUGCUCGCUGGCCGCGCUGUGCCUCGAGCCGCACUACCGGACCAUCAACGGCUACCAGGCACUAAUAGAAAAGGAUUGGUUGUCCUUCGGCCACAAGUUCACGGCUCGUUGCGGGCACAUCGCAUGCGACGGUCGCGAGCGCUCGCCUGUGUUCACGCAACUGCUAGACGCGACCUGGCAGCUGCUCAGACAGAACCCUGCUGCCUUCCAGUUCAACGAGAGGUUCCUGCUGACGCUGCAUGACCACGCGCACGCUUGCCAGUACGGGACCUUCGUCGCUAACUGCCAGAAAGACCGCAGGGACCUCAGGUUAUCGGAGCGCACAUUUUCACUAUGGGGCUACAUGGCGAACCACCUCAACGAGUACAAGAAUCCACUGUACAACCCGAAGGCCCAUCCUGAUGUCAUCAAACCUGACCUUAGCCCGCAGAGCAUAAGGUUCUGGCGCGGCAUGUACUGUCGCCACGAGAACGGCGUGCACCCGCGCGAGCCUCUGGGGGACCUGCUGCCAGCUGCAGUGGAGCACUGCUCCGCCCUGGAGCACCACAUCAACUAUCUCACCAAGAGGAUAUCGACGUUUAAGAACCUCCUCUCGGGCAGGAAAGCGGACAAGAGCCAGGAGACGACAGUAGUCAACUACCAGAACGGGAACCUGGAUACCGUUGAGAUCGAAACCAAGACUGAAAGCCUGCAGAUUGACAAUAAAUUGCUAUACGAGUCUGGCGGCACUCUGUCGGAGUUAGAGUGCGCGAACCACGACCACCCUCUGAAAGACGCCACCACAGCGAGACCUAACAAAAUACCGCUCAUUACUGAGAAAGUGGACGACCUGAUUCCGGCAAAUCUCCUGCAGUUGGAGGAGGAAGUAAACACAGUUGCGUUGGACUGGAAGAGCCUCAAGAAUGUCACCGAGUGCAGUUGUUCCACGCCCCUUGACCACUUCAGCAGGAAGCACCACUGCUGGGGCUGCGGGCGCGUGGUGUGCACGCGCUGCGUGUGCGCGCGCGCCCCUCGGCCCGCGCUGGCCGCCAGCGCCGGCGCGCCCGCCUGCGCCGCCUGCGCCGCCCAGCCGCGCGACAACGAUAUAGUGUCAACGACGAAUUAGGAGCCAACUUACACCAGAGUAAUUCGAUGGCAAGCCAUCGCAUAGUCACGCUGCGAAGCUCACGUGGGAGACGACGGGAGAUAUGUCAUCCAAUCUUGAUGUUCUUUCCGGCGGUUAGCGCAAAGUAUAAAUAAGUUACGCUUGAUUUGAAUACAAACGUUGAUAGUAUACUUAAAAUCAAACAAUUAAAUCUUUCUAGCAUUAUCCCGUUUUUGACAGGGUCCGCUUACCUAACCUGAAGAUUUGACAGUUCCGAUUUUUUACAGAAGCGACUGCCUGUCUGACCUUUCAUCCUGCGAAGGGAACAAUAUUUUUAUAAUGUGAUUUUUUUUUGUUUAAAAUUUAAAUUAGGAACAUCGACAUUAAGAAUUUAAAAAGCCAUAGUCAUAUCAUCAAAUGAAGACAAAGAUUUUUGAAAACCAAUGUCAGUCUUAAGGAUAGUUAUUGGCGCAUCGCUAUCCGCGGAAGCCAGAAGAAAAAAAAUCAAAACCCGCUGCAAAAUUACAUUUAUUAUUAUUAUUUAUUCCUAACACUCAUAUUUUUCUAGUAAUCCUUACGAAACAUGAAAUAUAACUGUAUAUAUAUAUUUUUUAUGAGAACUGGUAGACAAAGCUUAUUUUAUUUUAGUCUGUUAACUCUUAUCUAGUGCCAUUCUUCACUUACAAUGAGUGCAAGAAAGAGAUAGUCACAUUUAAAACUAUCAAACUAAAUUACAAGAAAGUUCAUCUACCAGAAUCGUCACCGUUUAACUUACAAAGCAACAGCUGAAUAAAAACUAUUAGAAAUACAUUUAAUUUCCGCUAAUAAUUCCUAUCGACGUACAAGUAUUGGAAAGACAAACCGCAGUCACUUUUGGUACUAAAUCCUUUAUCCGUAAUAGUAGAUUAUGAAGUACCUACUACUCUGCCUAUCCGUAUUUGCGGCGUCUGCUACAUUUGAAGUUUUUUUUUAAAUGACUUAUUGUAGAUUUGCGCAAAUGGCAUUAACUACUUGGCCGGACAAAUAGGAAGCGAUGAGGGCUCUCACCCGGGACAACAUUUAAGAUAACAGGCCUGAGGGUGCCCUGUUGGGCACGAACCUCAGCUCAGGGCGUCGUCGGAGAGGAUAAUAUUUAUCGGGGUCCUGAAGUGUUUGUUAUCGCGUGCUAAUCGGCCGCGUCUACGGCUUGAGUAAUCGGGUUACAUUUGAAGUGAUAUUGUAUAAUAUCAAGUAUUAGUUCAAAAUAAAUAUAAUAAUUUAGUUCUAAUAGCAUAACUAUGUAAAUAUAAAAGAAGAAAUCGCAUUUAGAAAUAUUUUAUGUAACAAUAGAAACAAUUUGACGCCGAUUCUGGCAGACAAUUUUAUUUCAGUCUGACAACUCUAAAAAUAGUGCCGUCUUUCACGUACGGCAAGUGCAAGAAAGGGAUAAAACUAGUUUGAGAACUGUCACACUAAAUUAAAAUUAAGUUGGCGUCUACCAGAACCGGCACCUUAAUGAUACCUGUAUAAUAAUAAAAAUAUUCUAUUGCUCAUAAAUAAUUAUGAAAUAUAUUUUGAAAUCUGAGUCUUAAGAGAGCUUAGCUCUUCAGUAUUAAAUGUGGCUUUUCGCGGGAAAGGAAGAAUAGCACAAAAUUAUGUUUAUCUACAAGCCAUUAUUAGAUGAUUAAAAAACAAUAUUAUUUUUCUUUUGCCUGAUUUAUGCAUUUUCAUUAAGAAUUACAUAAGAAAGAGUACUAUGUUUUACCACGGUUAUUGAUGACGUCAUACGCGUGUAUUUCUAUACAGAUUACAUAGAAAGGUAUCGUUUUCAUGUUUCUUAUUAACUAUACUCAUUUGACUAGGUUGUCCUCUUGCCAAUUGGAUUGUUCCUUAGGUCUUCUUAGUAUGGAAUUGAAGAGGAUUGACCAAUCAAGUCAAGCGCCAAGCGAACGCAUAUUGAUGAAUAUUCAUGGACGAAAAUAUUAUGCUGAUUCACCAGAAGUAGUUUUUCACCCCUCUGGGAUGUAAAACGGCCACGUUGAAGCAAUUCAUCUAAAACAGCAAUACUGCUAAUUAAGAUUAGUUGACUUUGCGAAAUUAUCUACUUUGAACAGUUUUGCAGGGCAUUGAUAAUUUAAAUAAAUAAAUAAAAAAAAAUGCGAUGAAUUGCUUCACUGUGGCCUUUUUAGUUCCCCUGCUCCCUUCCACGAUCUGCCACAAGUAUUCAAAAUAAUCAUCAAUCUAUGUUAUCAAAUAACACAAAAAUAAAUGUAUAUUAAGAAUAUAUUUAAGUACCUAUAUUACAAAAAAGUAUGCGACAUAAAAAAUAAAUUAUUUAGCUUUAAGAACUUAUGUGUAAAUAUUGAAUGUAAUUAAUAAAUUCAUGUAUAGUAUGGA